UUUUAAAUGGUAAACAAAAUAAAAGGUUAAUGAUGAAAUCGAAGUUGGAACGUGUUUUGUAUUAGGAAUUAUUCUUUAUCUUAAUUUUAAAUCUUUUCAAUUUCAUACUAACAAAUACAUAUAUAAUUCGUAUUGGCUUUAAAAAAAAAAAUUAAGAUGUAUCGUAAUAGAAGUAAAAGUCAACAAGUUAUAAAGACUAUGAAAUGGGCUGCAAUAAUAGGAGUUGCAUUGGAUGUUGCUUGCCUUGGAGCUGGUUAUUAUAUGUAUCAUCAAAUGAAAAAUUCUUCAGAUUUCAGAUACAAAAUAUACAAAUAUGAUGAAAGGCUAGUUGAUGUAUAUUACCGUGCUAAUGAAAAAUAUGGAAGUGGCAGUGCAAGGGAAGAAGAUUAUAAAAAAUGGGAUAUUAAUGGAAUCAAAUCUUUUGAAAAUUUGAAAGUUAUAGGUUUGUAAUGGAAGAUAGCCUCAUGGAAACAAAAGGUUUUUAUCAUGACUCAAGGUUGUAAGAUAUUUAUAUUUUAUAUUGUUUGUUUAUAUUUAUGAGUAUUAUAGUUUUCAUGGUGUAAAAUAAAGAAUUUGAAUAACCA